CAACGACUGCGCUGCGCACUGAGUGAGAGGACAAAAUAACGGGGUUGUUUGGUGCGGCUGGUCGAGUGCGAGGGUGAAAAUGGCGCUGGGAGGAAAAAUACCCACUGUGCUAGAGCAGCUGCUCGAGGAGAUAAACUUCCAGCGGACCAAGGAGAUGAGGCACUUGAUGAAAGACGACUCCUCUGGAUUUGUGCUAUUACAAGGUGCUUCGUACUGGACUGAUCUUUUUGUCCGCCACUUCCUAUUUCAAACAGACCAGAGCAUAGACUGUGAUGACCUGCUAUUUUUUGUGAGAAAGCGUCACGUUAAGGGGUCAUCCAGAAAUCUUCCUAAAUUUGAAACUGAGGUCGAAGUUUUCAGAAAAGAUAGUCGGAAGCUACCAAUUGGCGACCCUGACAUUGAUUGGGAAGAGACGGUAUACCUGAACUUGAUCAUCCACCAAUUUGAUUACACACUCACUUUGGCGAUCUGCACUCGAACAAGUCCAAAAGAGCUGCAAGUCCUAAGAAGACAUUCUCAAAAAGUAUAUGCCUCGCCAAGCAGAAGAAGAAUGGACACAAAAGGAGACGUAGAGGAAAUGACUUAUCCAUACAUUUGUUUUAUGGUCGAUAAUUUUGACGAGGUAUUUUGUGACAUAUUGGUCCGAGAUGGUGAAAUGGUAUGUGUGGAGCUUGUCGCAUCUGAUCGUCAGGGCUCAAUUCAGGGUGUCAUUUUCCUAGGAAGUAUUAGAUAUGAUGCUUUGAAGAAGGUUUAUGACGCCAGGUCAAGUCUGGGCAACAAAAUGGCACAGAGGAUGACUUUUGGUUUAUUUUCUGGUGCUACAACUCAAAGAGUUGAAUUUGUUCGAAUGAAGGGCCCACAGGGAAAAGGUCAUGCGGAAAUGGCGGUAACCAAACCCAAAGGUGACGGUAGUGGAGUGGAGACGCCAACCUCUGAACCAGGUUUCUGUGCGACAGACCUAUGGGAUUCGGACUGGGACGAAGACCCUGAGGAUUUCUUUGUCUACAGACAUCAGAGACGUUUAAGUGACCCAAGUGCAAAUUUAAACAAUUUUGUCCGCGCUGGUUGGAAAACUAAGCCAAAUCAGGAAUCUAGCAGAGCUAGAUCUGAAAAUGAGGGCCUUGAUUCAAUGGCUAAUGGUUUGAAUGAAAUUGAGGCAGGAGACCUUCGAGACGCUACCAAUAUGUUAUCCCGAUUAUGCACUUUGGCCCCAUCAGCCACUGUAGCUCGCAUGAGUAGUAAGAUGCGUAGCAAACGAGUACCACCCAAGCGUAAAACAGCUGAUGGUACCAAUGUCAUCUACUGGUGUGACGUCCCCAAUAGCCAUCCUACAAAAGAACUUGAUGAUGGUGCUUAUAACCCUCUGUGGACCAUGAGGGGUUUCACUCAAACAUUCCACUUCUGGAAGGAGACCAAACGAGCUCAGUCAGUCCCACUUAAUGCGUUCCUCACAUACAUCACCCUUCCCUGGUGGAGUAUUGCUAGAGAUAUUCUUGAUCACAGAGAGGGACCUAUCCUGACCUUUUAAGUUAAACUCGACUUUCUGUUAAGACUUUAUUGUUUUUUUGUGCUGUUAUUGCUCAUUUUGGUGAUAAAUUUUCUAAUCUUGUAUAUUUUUAAAUAUACGUACUUGAAUUUUUACUGUGGCACUUUUUUUAUAUUAAAAUUUAAAAGUACAUUACAAAGAAUAUUGAGAAGUUGGGUCACGUUGUUAAAACAAAAACUUUGCACCAAAUUUUUGGAUCACAAAAUCUUCCAAAUCCAAAUAGUCGUUUCCAAAUAUUUAUGCAACUAUACAGGUGUUGCCUGUUUUUCAAAGAGAAAGUAAUUGCCUUUGAAAUGGUGUGUCAUACUAUCGUUACAUGUGCUGCUUUUAUCUGCAGCUGUAUUGAUGUAAUUAUUGAAACCAUGUUAUUUUUGUGUGUACACAACAAAUACAUUCCAAUAUAAGAAUUCAAACUGGACAUGAAACACUGCAUUUUUCAUAAUUGUAUUAUAUAUUGCAAGUGUCAAAGUGCUUCUAUAUAUUCCCACUGCAGAGCUGCAAGACCACCUUAUACUUUUAAUGUUAGUGUGGCAUACUACAACGCUUGGAUGUUAAUAUUUUGCAAGUGAUUUGUCUUGAUUUAACUAGCCACUCUAGAAAUUUGAUGCAUCAAUGAAAAAUAGCAUUUGAUCAUUUGGCCUAAAUGAUAUGAUGAGAAAAACAUUUCAAGAAGUUCUGUGAUAUCAUAUAGAUGUACAAGAUGGUUAACCAUAUAUGAACUUCAUGCAUACAUCAUUUCAAAUUCAGUUACAACAUUAGAGUGGUGAGGAUUGUAAUUAACAUAUUUUUAUUUCUCCAUAACUGAAAAUCGGUGUUCAUCAACAAAAAUUUGGGAAAAUUGUCAUUUAAACCAUUGAUACUGAGUGUUAUAUCAAUUACAUUAUUUCUGUGAUAUUCAGAGCAGUGCAUCUACGCCACAUUAAAAUAAAGUACCAUAAAUAAAGCAUAUAAAA